AUGAAUCAAAACAUGAAUUUAGGCUCUGUUCAGAAACUAAUGGAAGAGACCCAGGUAUUUGAGACCCAACCAAGACAACCUUACAAGUUAAGUGGAAGUUGCCAACCAGGUGACCAUCUCUGUAAUUCAAAUCUGCCAUCUCAAAGUUUCUACCCUUGUUCAUCUCUUUAUCCAUAUAUGCAUAUAAAUUACAGCAGUGAUUUGGAAAUUUUUGAAGCAGUAAGAAUUCGGGAACUGGAAGAAGUCAAAGCCAGAGCUGCCCAAAUGGAGAAGACCAUGCGCUGGUGGUCCGAUUGUACCGCUAACUGGAGGGAGAAAUGGAGCAAAGUUAGAGCAGAAAGAAAUAAAGCUCGUGAGGAAGCAAGACAAUUGAGAAUCAAAUUAGACAGUGUUGUAAAAGAACUGAGUAUGCUUAAAAAAAUAAAUCAAGAUUUAGUAAGUCAGAAGGAAAACUUUGAAAAUGUGACUGCUUGGAAAACAGAAUUCAGUUGCUCAGAAUUAUCUUAUAUUAAAAAAGACCUAAAUCAGUUAACAUUUCUGGAACAAGAACCUAUGAAAGAACUGAGAAAACCCAAGAUUCCUGGGGAAAAAGACAAAAAGAAGGAUGUAGAAGUAAUCAAAGACCAAAGCAAUCACAAUGAAAAAGUCACUCCAAAGCCUCUUGAUUCCUUUCCCAAUGGAGUCCCCAGCAUCUAUUUGGAGGAAGCUAAAAAAAGUUUGGACAACACAGCUAAGACAACAGAGAAUGAUUUAAUGCAUGUUUCCAUAUUGCAUUUGCAUUCGGCUGAGAUGCAGAAAAUCUUACAGAAAGAAAGAGAAAUGAAUGUGUUUCUGGAAAAAGAAAUGGAAAAGAUAGAAAACGAAUUAUUUCUUUGGAAACGGAAAUAUGAAGAACUGAGACAAACAAAGCUGGAAAGCUUGAAACAGAGUAAAAUCAUAUCUAGAGUUUACAGAAAUGAUAAAUCAUCCAUUUGCCAAGUAUUUACCGGUGUAGGCUGUGGGGAGGGACCUGCCGAGCGCAUGUGGAGAAGCCCCAGCGCGACUCAGCCACCACAUGCUGCCACGGUGGCAACGGAGCUGCAGAGCCGUGAGCGCAGCGCAUGGCAGCGUUCUCAGGGGUCAUGGGGGACUGGGAGAUCUAGGCUGUAG